CCAUGUGUAGUACACUGAACGUAGUUUUUAACGGUCUUAUACUUCAAGCCAUAUGGGGAUCUGUCUUUUCCUCCCUACUGGACCCACGCACAGCGUCCGCCAGGACCGCCAAGGUGAAUGAGAAUAAAUAUUGCUACUCCUGCGUUAAAAUCGACAACAUCUGCUACAACCACUCGUACCUAUUCGAGCUCCCCGCCCACUUCGGUGACCACCCCGUCGUCGAAAGACUGGGCAUCAUGAAAUCUACCAACGUUCUUUACUACACAUUCGAACCAAAGUUCAGCAAUGUAGAAUACUCCAAAGUUGGCUUCGUAUCUUUAAAUUAUACUUUCCAUGGUGUCAUCUCUGGCUGGCAACCUUUCAACUUUGGACCCUUUGACAUUAAUCAGGAAGAAAGAAAAGUAUAUUUAGGAGGUACCGACGGUAUAUGGUUUGUUGAAGAUAUGAACUACUUUCCUACAUAUUUUAGCGUGAAAUCAAAUCUUAUUACAAACGUCGUUGUAAAGGAUCAUGUGUAUUUUACUACAUUAUUUCGUAAAGGAAUAUUUAAAUACGUAAACGGGAAUUUACACAUCCAUUUAGGAGAUAAAUGGGUACAUAACUUUGUUCUGGAUGCCGUGGAUAAUAUUGUGUAUUUAAAUGAUUCUGGAUUAUAUAUUUCACUUUACAGUAGUAACCAGGAGGAUGUAAAAUUAUCAAAUAAAGAUUGGAUUACAGGUUUGACUGCUGAUGGGAAAGGAACAGUGUAUGCCUGGCAUGUAGAUGGGAUAUAUAAAGUGACUGUAGGCAAUUCUCCUUCCGAGUAUACAUUGAAACGUGUAACAGGUAUAGCGCCCGAUGCGAUGACAUUUGAUGAGUCAAACAACAUCAUAUACUCGAUAAGAAAAAAUCUCUACAAGCUAACUAAAGUUGCCACCAACAAGUGCUUCGGUAGGUAAUUGUUUAAAUUUCUUGUACUAGUAGGCAUAUUAUAACAACGUAGUCUGCAUUUGAUUUGUGAUUUACUAAAGGCAUAUCAGAAUUGUUUACGUGCUGAAACUCGAAA